CACACCGCUCCAUCUACACCUCUGCUACACCUUCAUCCUGACCUGCAGCCUCACACUGCUGGCAGUGAUGCUGUGGAGGCUGGUGAGCAGAAGGAAAGCUCCUCAUCUGGAGGCUGAGCGCAGCGUCAGGGAGAACACAGUCCAGUAUGAUGAUGAGGGUGGGGGUGAACAGGACACAGAAGCGUUUGAUAUGGCGGCUCUGCAGAAUCUCACGGUCAAACAGAGCUCAGAGCUUCAGGAGGAAACAGCGCCGGUGUGUCCCGCUUCAGCCCUCACGACCCUUCCGGACUCAGUCUUCCAGCAGUGUUUGCGCAGCCGGCUGGCGGUGGUGGACUCGGACUCCUCUGCGCCGCCGUGGGACUCUCUGCAGUCGUAUGUGUUUGAGGGCUGCGGGUCGCUGGCGGAGUCUCUGAGCUCGCUGGACUCGACCCGCUCAGACUCACAGCAGAGUUCAGGAGAUCUGCAGCGCUUCAGCACACUGGCAGAGCUGUACAGAGACCCGGAGCACAGCGGCGGAUCCUCAGAGCUGUAAACACUCGACAGCACAGCGGAGCGUCUCUGUGUGAUUUCUUGAUGCAUUCAACCAGUGCGGCAAACUUAGUCUGAAGUGUUGGAGUAAGAGAACUGAGGAAAAUUAAAAAUAAUUAUGAACAAAAGGAAAGGUCCAUCUGGACAGUGUGUAGAGGAGUUUAUCGUGUGCAGUGAGCCUCUAUUCAGUGUCAGGAGCACAUGCUCAGUGUGGUGUUCUGUGGGUCGUGCUAUUAUCUUAUAUGAUGCAGAAAUGCACCCGUGUGUAUGAUUCAUAUUCAUGGAGAAAUUAAUUAACAUGUUGAUUUUCAGUAGGAGUGUGUGCAUUUACAGAUAUUAAAGAUGUCAUGAAGUUACCCUGUAACCUAUAGUGAAGUUAAAGUCUAAGUGUAAUUAUAAGAGGACUGAACACAGUAAAUGAAGAGCCGACACAGAAUCACUGUACAACUGUAAAACUGAUGUCCGUCUAACUCGACAGGUUUUCCUGUUCUGUAAACAAUAAAGAGUAAACCUGACUCCAUAUUCAACAUCCACAACUCAUUAAUCAAUGCAAAUGAGUCUUGGGUCAUGCACUGACACUCAUUCAUUUAACUUUGGUUUAGUCACGAAUUCAU